AGAGGGGAGGGGGGGUUGAGUGUGUGAACUGUGCGGAGGUGAAGAAGAGGAGGAUGAAGCUGGGAGCGGAGGAUGGGAGGAAGAGUGGAGUGAGACAGACAGGCUGGCUAUCAAGGGCUGAGUGUGCAUGCCUGCAAGUGUGAAUGCGUGAGUGAGUGGGGUAAAGAGAGAGGGAGUUCGUUACCGGACUUGAACAAAACGAAGACACAUUUUCACCCCUCUACAACAUUGUAACGGAAACUUUAAACUUUUACCCGCCGCAGCUUAGCUACAGUGCCGGGUCCUGGCUUUUGUUUAGCGGCGGGGGUGGACGACAAUAAAGGCAGGAAUUAAACCGCUUCGGAUCGGCAUUUUUUUCACGCAAGAGGGGAAUCCCUUGGCCAGUGUAUAUCAAGUAGAGAAACAAGAGAAUGGCGGCCAAUAUGUACAGAGUCGGAGAUUACGUGUACUUUGAGAACUCCUCCAGCAACCCUUACCUGAUCCGCAGGAUAGAAGAGCUGAACAAGACAGCCAAUGGGAACGUGGAAGCCAAGGUGGUGUGCCUCUUCAGGAGGAGGGACAUUUCGGGUAACCUCAACACGCUGGCCGACAGCAAUGCAAGAGACUUUGAGGAGGAGUCCAAACAGCCGUCGAUAUCCGAGCAGCAGAAACACCAGCUAAAGCACAGAGAGCUCUUCCUGUCCCGCCAGUUUGAGUCUCUACCAGCUACGCACAUACGGGGUAAAUGUAACGUCACUCUCCUGAAUGAAACUGAUGUCCUGGUCGGCUACCUGGAGAAAGAGGACUGCUUCUUCUACUCCCUGGUGUUCGACCCGGUCCAGAAGACCCUGCUGGCGGACCAGGGCGAGAUCCGCGUCGGCUCCAAGUACCAAGCCGAGAUCCCGGACAAGCUGGCGGAAGGGGAAUCGGACAGCCGCGUGCAGGAGAAGCUGGAGACUAAAGUGUGGGACCCAGACAACCAGCUGAAGGACCCGCAGAUCGACCAGUUCCUCGUGGUGGCGCGGGCUGUGGGGACGUUUGCUCGUGCUCUGGACUGCAGCAGCUCCAUCCGCCAGCCCAGCCUACACAUGAGCGCCGCCGCCGCCUCCAGAGACAUCACACUGUUCCAUGCCAUGGACACGCUGCAGAAGAACGGGUAUGACCUGGCGCGGGCCAUGUCCACGCUGGUGCCCCAGGGCGGGCCCGUCCUCUGCCGGGACGAGAUGGAGGAGUGGAGCGCCUCGGAGGCCAUGCUGUUCGAGGAGGCGCUCGAAAAGUACGGCAAGGACUUCAACGACAUCCGCCAGGACUUUCUGCCCUGGAAGUCUCUGGCCAGCGUGGUCCAGUUCUACUACAUGUGGAAGACUACAGACCGCUACAUACAGCAGAAACGAUUGAAGGCAGCAGAAGCAGACAGCAAACUGAAGCAGGUUUACAUCCCAACCUACACCAAGCCCAACCCAAACCAGAUAAUGGCCCCGGGGAGCAAGCCUGGCAUGAACGGGGCCGCGGGCUUUCAGAAGGGGCUGAGCUGCGAGAGCUGCCACACCAUCCAGUCCCCGCAGUGGUACGCCUGGGGCCCUCCCAACAUGCAGUGCAGACUGUGCGCGUCCUGCUGGAUAUACUGGAAGAAGUACGGAGGCCUGAAGACCCCCACACAGCUAGAGGGCGCUGCCCGAGCCAGCACGGAUUCAGCCCCCAGGGGUCACAUGACCCGACAGGAGGUGCAGGGCAUGUCCCCGUUCACCAGCAGCGCGGGGCGGGCCAAGCUGCUGGCCAAAAACCGGCAGACCUUCAUCCUGCAGACCACCAAGCUGACCCGCAUCGCCCGCCGGGUGUGCCAGGACAUCCUGCAGCCGCGCCGCGCCGCCCGCCGCCCCUACGCCUCCAUCAACGCCAACGCCGUCAAGGCCGAGUGUAUGAUCAGGCUCCCCAAGGCGUCGAAGGCUCCCAUAAAGAACCGGCCUGUCGCGCGACCGUCGCUGGUCACCAUCGUCAAGGAGCUAGCUCUCCAGGCUCCUCUGAAGCUGAAGGCACCACGGGGAGCCCCCACCCCCAUCAACCGUAACCAGGCCAACCAGCCCCGGGCCGCCUCUAACCUCCUGGGCAAGAGGCCCUUUGAUAGCGUGGGCGGGCUCCCGUUCUCCACCAAUGGCAGGCCGUUCACCUCGGGGAUCCGGACGACCUCGCAGUCCGUCAUCAAGCGGCAGAAGGUCAACCCGGGAGACGCCCCCAACCCCGUGGUGUUUGUGGCCACCAAAGACACCAGAGCCCUGCGGAAGCACCUCUCCCAGGCCGAAAUGAGACGCGCCGCCAGGAAACCCCACCUCCCCGUCCGGGUGAAGCUGCCACUGCCACCGCGGGUGCUGCCCACCCCCAUCCUGCCCUCAAGCACCAGCGAGCCCAUCGUACUGGAGGACUGAGUCAUGCAGGCGGUCCCCCGGGCAGGAAGGGGGCGCCGUAGCCUCUGGCAGGACGCAAAAAAAACAACAAACGCCAUAUUUGUAGUUUUUUCUCCUUAUUGUCGUUUUUUCUCCUUUGUUGUGUUACUUCCCAAAAACCCAGUACACAUACACACAGACACACACACACACACACACACACACACAAGGCUUCGCUGUGUUUUUAUAAUCUGGCUUGCUGUUUAAUUCCCUUCCUUGCCUUUUUUAAUGACAAUUUUUAAAAUGUAUAAUUUAAAGCAGAUAAUAAUGCUCGUCCUGAAAUAAUAUUGAGAAAAAAAAGCACACUUUAUUUUUCCUCCAGGUCUCUAAUUUUCCUUGUAAAUAUUUUCGACAGUUGAGGUGGGAUGUUUUUUUGUGGGGAGGGGUUGGUGGGUAGGGAGGGAAUUUUAACAUUUAUAUGGAUUUAUUUGGAGGUGGGGGGGGGGUAGUCUCUGCUGUGACAUUGAUCUCCCCACCCACAUCAAUCAUAUUUAAUAACAGUGAGGAAGAGUGAGAUGCUUUCCGUACCCAUCUCUAGGACCUCUGCUUGUCCACUUUAAACGUAUGCUUGUCCUAUAUCCCACUGUCUUAGUCACUUAAUCAUCUGUGGCAACAUCACUAACGGCUACAGCUAUAGUCACGAGUAACCCCCUGUUCCCAUGGCGAUGAGCACAGUGCUGCCAUGUGCCUCAAAUUGAAUUUGAAGUCUGGGUUCCUGUCGCUGACCUGUCGAGAGAGAACAGUGAGGGAGUGGGGGUCACUGGUGUUAAAGACUAUAAAGGCUCGAAACUCCAUCCAACCGGAAUUCAGUUUGGGGUUCAUUUCUUUCAUUUUGAGUCAGGAGUAAAGACAAAGGCAAACGGUGAUUGUGUCUUCUGGGAUAUGUGGUCUAAUAACGUAAUUUUAGUGGGUUUCUGAAAUGAACUGCGAAUGGUCUCCAGCUCAGUGCUUGCGGUUGACCUCUGACUUGUUGCACGCGGGGUGGGGAAAAGUGCACCCCUUGGGGCCGUGGCGAAUAUCAGGCGGUGGUCCCCCCCAUCCCAUGGUGAUCAACCGACUGUGGUCCCUGAACCCAGGUGAACAAGGUGUCUCGAUAUUUUUGGUGACCUUAUUUGGGUGGGUCACGUCGCACGUUCCAAUCGCCAAGAGUCCUGUACCGACUCAUUGUUUAGACCUAUCUUUGGUCGAUAUUUUUUGUGCCCGCUUUGACCCCAUUAGAGACACACCUUGUGGAUUUCCCUCUUGAGGGUUAAGGCUAUUUCAGAUCAGAUCACUGAGGGAGUCCUGCAGCUGUGGCGUGGCUCUCUGCGAUUUCAUGUUCCAAUGAUGAUUUCCACUUAUCCCCCUAUUAAAAUCUAGUUUUGAAGCUAAUGUAAUAUGAAAGAGAGAAUAAGUAAGCUUGUUGAGGAUUUGUUUUGAAGGUGUCAUGGCAUGUGAGGGGAUUGGAGAGACGGGGGUCUGGGUACCUCCGGAAAAGACCUGAAUGAAUUAAGGCUCAGGCGCAGUGUGUCAGCUGUAGUACAGCCAAUGACCACGCGGGGGCGCUGCCUGAGUUUAGAGGGGGAAAAAAACCCUGGCUGACCUGAAUUGCUUCAGGUUUGAGACGUGGUGUAUGCAGUGUGCUUCUGUGUAUGCGCACGUUUCAUAGGGGUUCUUGCGGUUUGUGUUGUGUAGAGCUAACGGUGCGACACUCUUAGCCCCUCCCCGGAGGAAAACGCAUCUGCCCUUUCCCAAUUUUGCAGGAGGUACACUAAGCCACGCCUCCCGGAAAGGGCGAUGACUGAUCAUCGGUCAGUGGAUCGGGAUGACGUCGUUUGUGCGUUCGAUCGGAUAUUUCUCGGAAGGGGUGGGAAGUCGGUGAAGCAGUGUGUGUACUUAAUUUGGGCAACAUCGUAAUUCCUUGUUCUUGCUCGGCGUAGUAAUAAUCUACAGUCAGGGAAUGGGUUUACAGUGGAAUUGGUGCCGGAACAGGCUCUGUCCUAGCCUUGAGUGUUGUGACAUUUGAGGCGGAAUGUGUUGAGCGCAUAGCAAAAAAAAAAAUAAAGAAGAAAAAAAAAGGCAAAAAAAUUUGGAAAAACAAAAGCCAGGAA